CCGCCCGCCGCCGCGCUGCAAGCCCGGAGCGUGUCCUCUGCCCUCGCGGGGACAGAGGUCCCCGCCGCCGUCAUGCUGCCGGUCCUGUACACGGUCCUGGCGGGGCUGCUGCUCCUGCCGCUGCUGCUGAACUUCUGUUGCCCCUACUUGUUCCAGGACUUGCGCUACUUCCUUCAGGUGGCCGGCUUAGCCCGACGGGUGCGCAGCUACCGGCAGCGGCGGCCGGUGCGCACCAUCCUGGCGGCCUUCCUGGAGAAGGCGCGCCACACGCCGCACAAGCCUUUCCUGCUCUUCCGCGACGACACGCUCACCUAUGCCCAGGUGGACCGGCGCAGCAACCAGGUAGCGCGAAUGCUGCACGACCACCUCGGCCUGAGACAGGGCGACUGCGUGGCCAUCUUCCUGGGCAAUGAGCCGGCCUACGUGUGGCUCUGGCUGGGGCUGGCCAAGCUAGGCUGUCCCAUGGCCUGCCUCAACUACAACAUCCGCUCCAAGUCUUUGCUGCACUGCUUCCAGUGCAGCGGGGCGAAGGUGAUGCUGGUCUCCCCAGACCUCCAGGAGGCUAUUGAAGAGGUGCUGCCAACCCUGAAAAAAGAUAACGUGUCUGUCUAUUACGUAAGCAGAACUUCUAACACCAAUGGGGUGGACACAUUGCUGGACAAAAUAGAUGAAGUGUCAACUGAUCCUAUCCCAGAGUCAUGGAGGUCUGAGAUCACGUUUAUGACUCCUGCCCUAUACAUUUAUACUUCUGGAACCACAGGUCUCCCAAAAGCUGCAACCAUCACCCAUCAUCGCUUGUGGUAUGGAACUGGCCUUACUUCAGCAACUGGGAUCAGAGCAGAUGAUAUCAUCUAUACCACUCUGCCUUUGUAUCAUAGUGCUGCGCUUAUGAUUGGCUUGCAUGGAUGCAUACUGGCUGGUGCUACUUUUGCUUUUCGGACCAAAUUUUCAGCCAGCCAGUUCUGGGAUGACUGCAGAAAAUACAAUGCCACAGUCAUUCAGUAUAUCGGUGAACUGAUUCGCUAUUUAUGCAAUACACCCCAGAAGCCAAAUGAUCGUGAUCAUAAAGUGAGGCUAGCUCUGGGAAAUGGCUUACGAGGAGAUGUGUGGAGAGAGUUUAUCAAGAGAUUUGGGGACAUUCACGUUUAUGAGUUCUACGCUUCCACUGAAGGCAAUAUUGGAUUUCUGAAUUACCCAAGAAAGAUUGGUGCUGUCGGAAGAGCAAACUACCUACAAAGAAAAGUUGUAACUUAUGAGCUGAUUAAAUAUGAUGUGGAAAAAGAUGAACCUGUCCGUGAUUCAAAUGGAUACUGCAUCAAAGUCCCCAAAGGUGAGGUUGGACUCCUGGUUUGCAAAAUUACACAACUUACACCAUUUAGUGGCUAUGCGGGAGGAAAGUCACAAACAGAGAAGAAGAAAUUAAGAGAUGUCUUUAAGAAAGGAGAUGUCUAUUUCAACACUGGAGAUCUCUUAAUGAUUGAUCAUGAAAAUUUCGUCUAUUUUCACGACAGAGUUGGAGAUACAUUCCGGUGGAAAGGGGAAAAUGUGGCUACCACUGAAGUUGCUGACAUUGUCGGACUGGUCAGUUUUGUUCAGGAAGUGAAUGUUUAUGGAGUGCCUGUGCCAGGUCAUGAGGGUCGAAUUGGGAUGGCCUCAAUCAAAAUGAAAGAGAACCAUGAAUUCAAUGGACAGAAACUCUUUCAGCAUGUUGUUGAUUAUUUACCGAGUUAUGCAAGACCUCGAUUUCUGAGAAUACAGGAUAAUAUUGAGAUCACUGGGACUUUUAAACACCGCAAAGUGACCCUCAUGGAGGAGGGCUUUAAUCCCACGGUCAUCAAAGAUGCCUUGUACUUUAUGGAUGACACAGCAAAAACGUAUGUGCCUAUGACUGAGGACAUUUAUAAAGCCAUAAGUGACAAAACUCUGAAACUCUAAAUAUUCUCAGGUGGCUAACUCAUAAUGUUUCCAAAAAGAAAUUGCAUGGGCCUAGCCCAGCUACUUGUUAUAAUCCAACUUUAAUUUGACUGAAGAUUAUAAGGUACCAUUAUUUUUAGGAAAUUACACAUUAAAAAAGGAAGAGUUUUCUUUUUAAUUACACCUGAAGUUUUGUAAGUGAAAAGAUCUGGAGAUAAUUAUUUUUUUCAAAAUGCACCUGCUAUUUGUAUUUACAAACUGAGCUUGUUGGAGGUAGGGCCUUAUUUUUAAAUGCAUAAUAAAAUAUAUGAAUACUAACUAA